UGCCACAACUAUACUUGUUGCAGAAUACAUGCUUUUUGCAGAGCUGUUGUGUUCUUAUGCUCUUGACACUUUAGCUUCAGCCUCAAUAUGUGCACAUCUUCCAUUGCAGAAUGUCAGACCGAGUGCGAUUUUAUGGACAUUGUGCUCCCCGAGGACAAACAGCCAAGGUGCUCAACGCCUAAGCCAGCAGAAUUGUCACUGACUUUUCAGGAUGACCCAAUGGACACUACGUAUGAGCCAUCCUUGGAGGACUCAGGACCUGCUCUCGCCGAACCAUGUCCUCGCAAAAUUAUUGUGUUCGAGGAAAACCUUCUGCAACUUGUCAAGUCUUGCAGGAAAUGCCACCUCCCUGCAAAGUCAUCACUAGAGGUUUUUGGCUCUCUUGCUGUGGUGACAUCAACAUGCCAAGAUGGCCAUGUUUUGAGCUGGCACAGCCAGCCAAAGAUGAAACGCUUUGCCAUGGGCAAUGUUGCUUUGGCUGCUGCAAUUUUAUUUACUGGCUCAAGUCCAACGCAAGUCCUGCGGCUUUUCCAAAGUGCUGGCAUCGCAUGCUUCAGUAAGCGUACAUAUGACCACCUACAGAGGGACAUUAUGAUUCCUGCUGUGCACCAGCUGUGGGAACGUGAACAACAGUCUCUCUUAAGCUGUCUAAGCAGGACGGGUGCCCAACUCGCAGGUGACAGCCGUGCAGAUUCACCAGGCUACAGUGCAAAGUAUGGAACGUACUCAUUGCUGGACACUUCACUGAACCGUAUAAUUGACAUGCAGCUUGUGCAGUCAAACGAAGUUACCAGCAGUGGUGCAAUGGAAUUAGAAGGACUGAAGAGGGCACUAAAGGGCCUUGAGGACCAGAAAGUUUGCGUGCGUGAGCUUGUGACGGAUAGGCACACCCAGAGCAUUUGA